AUGGCGCGCUGGUUUUGGUGGUGCGUAGCGCUGUACGCGGCCACGCAUGCCGUGUGUGGUGCGGGGGAUGUAAAGGUGACGGAAAAGGUACGCGAUAUAGCGCCGCGCAUCGCCGUGCCGCCCGUGCCGAUUUUGCCCCCCCCACUCUCGUGCGUCUCGCCGUGGGCGACCGAAGCGCGCGCCGAGAACCGUGCGCUUGUGCCUGGCGGCCAGCUUGGCGCAGCGCUUGUACAAGACCUACUGGUGUGCGAACUGCCCGUGACCACACCGUGGACUGAAGGCAUGCACGUAGUGCGGACCAAGGACGGCCAAAAACGCGUAUAUGCACUGCUCGGCGCCGUCGUCGUCCCCGAGCAGGCAAAAAUUGGGCCGGAGCAGUCGCGUAUUGCGGGGGCGGUCGAGACACUACCGCAGGAUGCACAGCCCGCGGAUCAAGCGCACGAUACGCUACUGAGCUUUGCGGAGUGGAAGGAAAUCCAGCUGCAAAACGAGCGGCAGCGUUCGAAAUCCAAGCAGCGCGACAAGGCGCGCGAUCGCAGCACUCGCAGCGAUGCCGUGCCGGUGUCUGCAUCGACAGCAGCGACGACGAUUACUGCCAGUGCCACAGCUUCCACGACAAUGCCGCAAAAAAAAGAGCCGAGCGCGCAGCCGUCCGCGCCGUUUGCGCCGAGUGUAGCGCAUGCGGUCGAAGAAGUGCAGGCGCAACUUGCAGAAGCUCCGCCCGCCGCGCCCGUGCUUGCCGAAGAGAAUACGAGCGAGACGCUGGCCAAGCUCAAGCACCGCUGGAACUAUGCGUCUCUCGACUGCGCCGCCGUUGUCCACCAAGCGAAUCCGUCGGCCAAGUUUGCCUCGACGAUCUUGAGCGAAAAAAAAGACAGGUACAUGCUUUCUCCAUGCGGACCCGACCAGUUUGUCAUUGUCGAGUUGUGCCAGCACAUCCGCAUCGACACCAUCGUCCUUGCCAACUUGGAGUUUUUCAGCAGCAUCUUCAAAAUAUUUUCCGUGCGCGCAUCCACGAGUUUACACGCCCCAGACGCCGAAUGGCGCUCACUUGGCCUGUUUCGUGCGCGGAAUGUGCGCGGGCCGCAGGUGUUUACGCUCGAUAAGGUAUCCCCGAGCUACUACCGCUACCUGCGCAUCGAUUUCCUCGAGCACUAUGGCUCCGAGUACUACUGCCCGGUCAGCCUGCUGCGCGUGUAUGGGCGCAAUGAGCGCGAGGAUGCGGACGAUGAGGAUGCAGACGAGCAGGCCGACGAGGAAGAGGUGGACGUGGAAAGUGAGCUGCAUGUGCUGCCACAGCAGCCAAGCGGAAUGGACAUUGCGUUUGUGCGCGGCCGCAUGCUGGUAUGUCCGCCUGGCAUUAGCACCGUGUGGCCGUGCGAGUGUGCGUGGGAAGGUGCGCUGGAUGUUGCGCCUGUGCGCACGCCGCCGACGUCCACCGACUCCGUUCCGCCGCCCAAGCCCACGAAAACGCCUGUGAAGGGCGAAAAGACGCUGUUGCACAGCGCGAGUUUGACGCCUUUGGCCAACACAACCCUGUCCGACAUCCAGACUCAAGCGGCGAACCGCACAAGUACGACCAUCCCUGCAAGCCCUCGCGUCACGACCAAGUCUGCCGAGCCCAAAGCGCAGGAAAAAGGCGGCGGGGAGUCGAUUUACCGGACCAUCACCAAACGCCUCUCUGCCCUCGAGGCCAAUACCAGCUUAAGCAUGGAGUAUCUACAGCUCAGCAGCCAAGUGCUGCGCGACAAACUUACGCUCCUGGAGCAGUCGCAGGAAUCGAGGGUCGCACAGCUCCUCACGCUGCUCAACGAGAGCAACUACAGGCAGCUCGAGACGUUCCAGAAAGAGCAGCGCGCCUCGCUGCACCACACGCACCUCAACUACGAAAUGCACCAACAGCGCGCGGAUUUUGAGCGCCGCGCGCUCAUGACGCGGAUCCAGCAGCUCAGCGACGCGUUGCAGUACGAGCGGCGCUGGGGCUUUGCCCAGCUUCUUCUUUUGCUCACGACUUUGUUGAUUUUCGCAUUUACACGUACUUCUGCGCUUUCUACUGCCUCGGGGCAUCGCGCGCGUGCAGACUGGGCACCACCGCGUUUUGCGGCGCACCCAUCAAGCCCUGUGCAUGCCACCUCGCCGUUCGAAGACGAUGUGCCCACCGUCGAGACGGAGCAUAUACAAACGGCUGCGCGCAACGACGCACGCUCUAUGCCUCUUUCCCGCGACCUCACCAAUAUCCACCGGCCCAUUCCGCUCCGCACUCGGCGCGCAAGUGCGUUUACCACACCUUCGCCCGCACGCGCCAAGCGAAUGUAUCGCACGCGCCCACGGAUCGCGCCACAGACCAUGCCGCGCCUCGCCGCGCCGGCGCCUACGCCGCAAUUUUUGGCGCCCGAUACCCACCCCGCGCAUUCGCGCUCCUCAUCUUUUGCUGCGUCUUCCGAAUGGAGCGAGGGCGGGGACUAUGAGUUGUGA